GUACCCACCCCGCUCGCUCGCUCGGCCCUUUCUGCACUGUCAUCUGUCCCGGUGAGGCUCAACUCCGGAGUGGGGCCAUCCGAAACGCUCCGGACCACAAGCCGGACUCCACCCAGCAGGGAGGGAAAGGAGACAGAUUGGGCAGAAUCCCAGGCCUCACCACCAGCAGCGGAGUUCGAAGCCCAAAUGGGCAACGUGCAGGAGCGCCCAUCGGAGACCAUUGACCGGGAACGGAAACGGCUGGUAGAGACAUUGCAGGCUGACUCUGGGCUGCUGCUGGAUGCGCUGGUGGCCCGGGGCGUCCUCACUGGGCCCGAGUACGAAGCCUUGGAUGCGCUGCCCGAUGCAGAGCGCAGGGUGCGCCGCCUACUGCUGUUGGUGCAGAGCAAGGGCGAGGCAGCCUGCCAGGAGUUACUGCGCUGUGCCCAGCAAACAGUGCGCAUGCCAGACCCGGCCUGGGAUUGGCAGCACGUGGGGCCCGGUUACCGGAACCGCAGCUAUGACUCUUCAUGCCCAGGCCACUGGACGCCAGAAGCACCCAGUUCAGGGACCACAUGUCCUGGGCUGCCAAGAGCGUCAGAGCAAGAGGAGGUUGGAGGUCCUGAGGGCUCUGAGGCACUGCAGCCUGGAACUCCAGAGGAGCCAGAACUAGAAGCUGAAGCUACUGAAGGGGAUGAGCCAGACCGGGAACAAGAAAUGGAUCCAGAACAAGAGCCGGAGCCGGAGCCGGAGCCGGAGCCCGAGCCGGAGCUGGAGCUGGAGCCGGAGCCCGAGCCCGACCUCCAAGAAGAGGAUGAAUCUGAAGAUUCCUGAAGGCCAGAAUCCUUAGCUGUCCAAUCCUAUUUAUGCUGAAUAAGACCUGGAAACCUGCCAGAGCUUGACCCCAUCGAUGCACCGAGACACCUACUGCCAAUUGAAUAAACUUGGGAGGGUCAGUCUGGACCUGACUCUCCACAACUCUGGCUCUUUGCUCAAGAACAGAGGGUGAGCGUGGGUCUGAAUCCCACUGACCUGAGCAGGCUUGUGUGAAAAUACCCCCAUCCCCUCAAAAACAUUCCACUCCCCAAAGAGCCCAAGCUGUAAUUCUGGAGAUCUCAGAUGCAGGCCCCUAAAUCUGACCCUCCCCCACCGCCUUUAUUUCCUCAGGGGCCAUUUGGGAGGCCGAGUGGGCAACACUUCUAAUCCAUGGAAAUCACUCGGCUUGGUGUACCAAGCAAGUGAAGGGGGAUGUCCAUCCACACAUGGAGAGAAGUCUUGGCACUCACAGUCUUGCAGGGAGGACCAGAGAGGAAACUUGAGUAGACAGAAGCCACACACAUCAUUGUAACUGCUGUUUAAUUGUCUGGCUUUCCUCUGAACUGGGAGCUCAGUGAGGGGCGUGGGGUCUAACCAGUCACAGACAUACACAAGGAGCUCUGUACAUAUCUACUAAGCAAACGAAUACAAACUUCCCAGCUGUGUUUCCAAGCUUCACAGAUGGAAAAAUUAACUGAAAAGCCAGGGUUAGGACAGUACUAGUUCACUCUCCCACGGCUGAGUCUGAAGUGAAAUGAAAGCCUUAGCCAGCUCUGUACUAAUCCUGGCCUGAACGUGAGAUAACAAACCCUAGGGCCUGCCCUGUAGGUUUGAUUGUGGUUGCUCCCGCCUGUCCUAACCACUGCCAGAGACCCAGCUGUGAGGCUGUGGUCAAAGACAGGCACAACCAAGACUAAUGUGGGGACUGGGGGUGGGGCCAGGUGCUGGACUCACAAGACACAGAGACGCAGGGUGUCUGUGUGUGUGAUAAGAAAGGGGGUCUAGGGGGCUGGAGAGA